CUUGACUUUUUAAUCACAACUAAAAUCUCUACGCAGCACCGCGCAGAACUGUUUCCCGUGAACGUGUCAUUUGAGCGUGCGUGAAUGCAUGAAUCACGAAGAAGACGUGGCGCCAGCUUUUCCUCUGCUUUCAACAAGCUACCGCUAUCUAACGAUUAUUGAAUGAGCACAAGUGAUUUUCCAAUCGCUACCUUUCCCGAAAAAAAUGAUUUCUCUAACAGAUUCACAGAAAAUCGGGAUGGGGUUGACAGGCUUUGGCGUGUUCUUCCUCUUCUUUGGGAUGAUCCUGUUUUUUGACAAAGCUCUUCUUGCCAUUGGAAAUAUCUUGUUUGUAGCAGGCCUGUCCUUUGUCAUCGGCUUGGAGCGUACCUUCAAAUUCUUCUUCCAGAGACACAAAUUUAAAGCCACCAGUUUCUUCCUGGGGGGGGUGCUGGUGGUUCUGAUUGGCUGGCCUAUCAUUGGAGUGGUGCUGGAGAUCUAUGGAUUCUUCCUCUUAUUCAGGGGCUUCUUCCCAGUGGCAGUAGGCUUCAUCAGGAGGUUGCCUGUCCUCGGGUCCAUACUGAACCUCCCAGGGAUUAGUGGAUUUGUGGACAAAGUCGGCGAGAGCAACAAUAUGGUAUGACAGUGAACAUCUUUGGAUUGGAGGAUAUGAAAUGGCUUUACUCUAUUUAUAAUAGUUUAUAUUGGUGACUCUUCUCUACUGGUCAAGACUACCCCCAUGUUAAAGGUCAAAGCUGUAAAUCAGAAACCUCUUUCUGUUCAAAGGAAAACAAUGUUUCUUUGGGCAGGCAUAUGAAUACAUCUGGUAUCGUAAAGUUUCCUUUGACGGAAAUGGUCUCAUAACCUGGUUGCCAUCGAUGGACAAUUGUUACUAAGGGACUACUUUAUUUCAAGGCCCAAUGGGUGAAUUGGGCCCUUUUUGUGUCACUACCCGUUCCUGAUCGACUGAUUAUGAUGAUUGACGUGACUGAACCAACCACUGGAUUGGACAUCGCUAUGGAGGAGAAGUCUUGAAUCUGUUACAGCAGUCUUUCUUCUAGAAUGUUGUUCUGGAAUGUUGUCUGUACAGUCAGAGAAGUGCUGUGGUUACCUUGAUGAAGAGUUUGUGUUUUUUUUUGUAUGGCUGUGUAGAGUUGUGUUACACCUGGGUACUGUUCAGGAGGAUGUAGCUUUACAGAACUUUCAGAUAUUGUGUAGAACAGAUAUGAUUGUCAGAUAGUGAAUUAUGUCAGCUGUAUUUAUUCCAUUUCUAUCUGCAAUGUUCAGAAUGUUUUGCAUCAUUAAAUACUAAACUGUUGAAGAUUAA